GCCUCUCGCGGCCUGCAGAGAGUUCGGAGGAAAAAGGCGAUGGCGAGGUGCGGUCCGCCGAUGCCUGCAUGAGCUGAAACAGCCGAAGGCUAGAGCGAGAAUGGGUGCAGGAAUGUCGUGAGCUUGUGAAGAUUUCAGGUAGCAUUAGGGAAUUAUAUUGCUGGGAGGGGUGCGCUGCAACUCCGUUGCAGACUGGCAGUGUGAGUUCGAUCGUGGAGAGGCUCUGCAAUUGUAAACUCAAGGCAUCUUGAAGGGAGAAAUGUUAAAGGGCUUUAACAAGGAGAAAUGUUAACGAGAUGGGCAAGAAAGGAAGCUGGUUUACCGCACUCAAGAAGGCCUUUACCCCCAGCCCCAAGGAGAAGCCAACAAACGUGCAUCAGCUGGUAGCGCAGUACCCGCCGGCGCACGGGCACGCGAGGGAGAAGAAGCGAUGGGGCAGCUUCGGGCGGCCGCGGCCGCACGCGGAGCCGGCGUCGCCGGCAGCGGGCGCGCUGAUCAACAUCCCGCUGUACCGCGAGCCGAGCAGCAUCGAAAAGAUCCUCGGCGACGCGGAGAUGGACCAGCAGCGCCAGUACUAUGCCGCCACCAGGGCGCAGUACCAGAUCACGCCGGCCAGGCCCACCACAACCGCCGUCGCCGCUAGCGCCGCCGCGCCGCUGCCACAGCCGGUGGCAGCAGCGCGUGAGCGGGAGCGCGAGCGCGGCAGAGAGGACAAGCCGGCCGCCGUGGUGCUCCCGCUGCCCCCGCCGUCCCCGCCGCCGCUGAUCAGGCGAUUCGACCAUGACCGGGAGCAGCAGCAGAAGCUCCAGCAGCUGCAGCAGCAGAGCCGUGCCGAGACGGAGUGGCGCCAGCCGCAGCCGCGGCGGCACCGCGCGGCGAGGCAGCGCGCCGCGCCGCCGGACCGCGCGCGCGCCGCGGCCGUGGCGAUCCAGGCCGCGUUCCGGGGCUACAUGGCGCGGCGGAACUACCGGUCGCUGCGCGGGCUAAUCCGGCUGCAGGGCGUGAUGCGGGGCGCCAGCGUGCGGCGGCAGACGGCGCAGGCGAUGCGGUGCAUGCAGACGCUGGUGCGCGUGCAGGCGCAGGUGCGCGCCAGCCGCGUCGACGCCAUGGAGCGGCGCAACCGGCAGCACCACGGCGCCAUGCUCCGGGACGGCGGCAGGUGGCGUGCCGGCUCGCAGGACGGCGGCAUCUGGGACGACAGCCGGCUGACGCGGGAGGAGGCGGACGCGCGGACGAAGCGGAAGGUGGAGGCCGUGAUCAAGCGCGAGAGGGCCCUCGCCUACGCCUACUCGCAUCAGCUGCUGAAGGCGACUCCGAUGGCGGCCCACGCGAUCCUGGCGGACCUGCAGUCGGGCCGGAGCCCCUGGUGGUGGACGCCCAUCGAGCGCCGCCACGAACCGGAGGGGGCCUACUACCGCCCCGUGGAUCCCGUCAGCAAGCCCCGGCCGGCUCUCUCCAUCGCCCACCGCGAGAUGACGACGCCGACGAUGCCGAUGACGGCGGCGACGACGCCGGCGCGGUCGGUGGUCUCGGCCUACUCCAAGCCGAGGUCCGCGAGGCCCUCCAAGGGGGCGGGAGCGGCCCCGCCGCCGUUGAGCCACGCGGGGAGCAUGAGCAUCCGCGACGACGAGAGCCUGACGAGCUGCCCGGCGUUCGGCGUCGGCGGCGUGCCCAACUACAUGACGCCGACGCUGUCGGCCUCCGCUAAGGCGCGGGCGCGGGCGCAGCUGCUGCUGCAGCAGCAGCAGCAGAAGGCGGCCCAGGAGAAGCCCAGGUUCUCGUUCGGGCUGGGCCAGAGCAUCGGGAGCUGGGCCAAGAGCCCGUUCUGGAAGGCGCCGUCGUCGUCGCGGGUGGGCACGCCGGCGGCGUCGGUGGCCGGCGGCGGGCGGCACCGGCGGUCGAUCAGCGGGCUCAGCGUGGACUCCACCGUGUCCAUGCCGGCCGGGCUCGGCAGGAGACCCAUCAAGUAGAUACGUGUCGUGUCGACUCGCGCCGUGGGUUGCAUCCUUCUUCCUCUCCAUCUUUGAACUUGGGAUUUGUACGUGAUUGGUGGUGUGAUUUGGUGUGGGUUUCAAAUGCGUUUGGCGAUUUCGCUGUGCUUUGCUACGACCUCUGGUUGCUGGCUCCUUUGUCUCGAGCCCUUUCGGUUUUUGAGGGGACAGUGAGCUGUGGUGUGUAAACUCGGCGACUCCAUCGAACAAGCGUUCCAUGCGUCAAGUACAUUCAUAUA